AUAAGUCAAGCUAUUGUAAAAAUGACCGCAAUAAAGUGGUUUCUUGGACUACUUAUAGUCGUUGCUUUAACCGAGCUAGCGACUUGUAAGAAAAUCAAGAUUCUAUCAGAUUUCACAACUUUUCAAGACAAGGAAUUCUUUAGAACGACAUUUCCUUGGAUAGCUCAGAAUGUUGGGCCCAAACUCCGUGUAAAAUACUACUUGAAAGACGAAAAGGAUGGUGGAAAACACAUGUGCGUAUUGGAUAAUUUGAAACGCAAUCUUCUACUUCAAGCGGAUUACAUGAAAUGUGAGGCUAAUGGAAAAGAAGACUGCUUGAAAACCCUGCCACUGGAUCAGAGGAAACUCGAGAAAUGUAUUUGGAAGAGCCACAAGAAACUAAGGUCUGCCGAAAAGCAAUUUAGAAAAUAUAGACCCAGUGAAACGCCGGUAAUAAUAAGAGGACGGUCUCAACAAACUGUGCAUGAUCCGAAAACCGUGCUGUUUAAUAUAUGUGGAAUGUUUGGAAGAAAACAACCUGAGGGUUGUAGGAAACCCUCUGAGGCUCCGGUACCGGCUACACCAUCUACUACCGAAUGCACACAACCUUCGACACAGCUUCCCAAAGAAUCAUCAACGGAUCCUGGAACCACCGAGAAACCAAGUGAAGCAACCACUCAACAGCCAAGUGAGGCAACUACUAUUCAGCCAAGCGAAGCCACAACCAAAGAAACAAGCCGGAUCACUACUGAACAAUCGAGUCAAGCUACUACUGGACAGCCAAACACAGCCACCACCAGAGAGCCAAGCCAGACCACUACGGAACAGCAAAUUCAGUCUUCCACCAAACAACCAAGCGACGCUUCCACCAAGGAUCCCACUGGCGGCGACACCAAAGAACCAAGUGGCGGCGACACCAAAGAACCUUCGACACAGCUUCCCACAGAAUCAUCAACGGAUACUGGAACCACCGAGAAACCAAGUGUAGCAACCACUCAACAGCCAAGUGAGGCAACUACUAUUCAGCCAAGCGAAGCCACAACCAAAGAAACAAGCCAGAUCACUACUGAACAAUCGAGUCAAGCUACUACUGGACAGCCAAACACAGCCACCACCAGAGAGCCAAGCCAGACCACUACGGAACAGCAAAUUCAAUCUUCCACCAAACAACCAAGCGACGCUCCCACCAAGGAUCCCACUGGCGGCGACCCCACGGAACCAAGUGGCGGCGACACCACUGAAUCAACUGGCGGCGGCGACUCCACGGAACCAAGUGGCGACGACACCACUGAAUCAACUGGCGGCGACUCCAAAGAACCAAGUGGCGGCGACACCACUGAAUCAACUGGCGGCGACUCCACGGAACCAAGUGGCGACGACACCACUGAAUCAACUGGCGGCGACUCCACGGAACCAAGUGGCGACGACACCACUGAAUCAACUGGCGGCGACUCCAAAGAAUCAAGUGGGGGCGACUCCAAAGAAGCAAGUGGCGGCGACACCAAAGAACCAAGUGGCGGCGACCCGACUAAAACAACAACUGGGUAA